CGGCGAGCCUGGCCGCUGUUCAGGAUGCAUUUCCUUUCCGUUCUUUUCCCUUUAUUCUUUCUUUCCUCUUCCCUGGCGUCUGUCACGGUCUACAGCCAGAUACCCUUGGCUGGGACGACGACUGCUGCGGCGGCGGCGGCGAACUACACCGGUGCUGCAGCCUACGAUCCAACCGUAUUACAGGCGCCUGCGGUGCCCAGUGAUGUGCCGACAAACUUCCAGAUUCAACUUCAAACGAACGCGGCCAACGUCAAUGGAUUGUCGAUACCGCAGUCCGGGGCCUUCUGGGGCUUUUCGAUAGAAAUGUCCGUCGUGACACAAGUCAUCGGCCUCGACAGCACUUUCAUCCAAGUGCCCUUCCUAAAUCUUAUGGCCAACAUCAAAGAUCGAGCUGGCCGAGUACACGUCCGUGUCGGAGGAAACACCCAAGACUACGCUUACAUGGUCGACAGCAUCGAUAAAGGGCUAGUCAUCCAGAAAGACAAGGGACUGACAACGAACCCGACGGAUACUCCUACGUUGAUGUGGACUCCCGAGCUGAUUUACAUGCUUGCUAACGUGACAGCUCUCGCCAAUGUCAAGUGGUAUCUCGGUAUACCUUUCAACGAUACCUCGAACUGGCGCUUGCAAAUCGCCGAAAUCGGCGACAGUGUAUUGGGCGAUAAUUUGAUUGGCCUGCAAGUUGCCAACGAACCCGAUCUUUACGGCCGGCAUGGACACCGUCCUCUGACAUACAGCCCUUCUGAUUACUAUGGCGAAUUCGGUAAUCUCGUGACGGCUCUGGCAGACGACAACAAUGUGAACAACAAAGCGAACCUCAUUGCCCCUAAUCUGGCGACAGGCGACUGGAUCCCGGAGAACGUUUGGGACACGGGCUUCCUCACCUCCUACGCAAACAGUCUGGGAGCGCUCGCGGUAGAACACUAUCCCGCCGACAACUGUCUCGCCGUAUACGGUGGCAAUGGCUCGCCUGUGGACCCCCAGACUGAGUUCCCGAACUACCUCAACCAUACCUCGGGCUACUCCAUCGUGCAGCCGUAUAUCAACUCGACCCAGAUUGCGGUGUCGAUGGGCAAGCCGUUCUUGAUGAUGGAGACGAACACCGCCAGCUGUGGUGGGUUCCCCGGGAUCAGCGACAGUUUCGGGGCGACGCUCUGGGCACUGGACUAUGGGCUCCAGAUGGCGUACUACAACUUUUCGGGGGCGCUGCUUCAUGUUGGUGGGCAGAAUGUAUACUAUAACCCCUUCACUCCUCCCCCGACGAAUCAGUCGACGUUCCGCCAGUGGACCGUCGGCUCAACGUACUACGCCGCUCUUGUCACUGCGGAGGUCUUCGGUUCCUCCAACCAGUCGCGGAUCGUGGACCUCGGCGCCAAUAACAACAACAUGUACACUCCCGCAUAUGCCAUUUACGAGAACGACGCGCCUUCCAAGGUGGCGUUGUUCAACUAUAUCACCGACCCCACUGGCGCAACCGCGUAUACUGCCGGCAUCCAAUUCGCGGGAGGUCAAGUCCCAUCUUCGGUGAAAGUGAAAUACCUUGUUUCGCCGUCAGUGUCCGAAAAGAAGAACAUCACGUGGGCUGGCCAGACGUUCGGAGACACCCUGUCUUCGGACGGUCGUUUGCAGGGCUCGGAAAGCGUGCAGACCAUCAACUGCGACCAAGGGAACAACGUCUGCAAUGUCCCCGUACCCGCACCUGGCUUCGCGCUCGUCUUCCUUUCCGACUCUGCAUACAGCGACUCCGCGCCCUCCACAACGCAGACGUUCUCCACGACCGCUGUGACAAAGAGCAUCAAUACCGCGACCAUCGCGUCUAGCGUCUUGGCUACGAGCAAUGGGCACAGCGGGUCCGACCGCAAGUUGGGCAGCACGAGUAAGGGGAGCAGUGGUGCCGUCGGUAUGGGGGCCCGGGUUCCUGGGGCUAUGGCCCUGCUUGCCAUGGCGGUGGGCGGCAUAGUUGUCGGCCGUGCGCUCGUGCAGUGAUGUCUUUGGUGUGCGCUCGGACGUUUGCAGAUAAUUUAGUGAGAAUCCUAUACUUAGUUCUUGGGGAUGUUAAUCAGCAGUAGCAGCCUUAUACCAUAACUCCAUUCUUGUAUCGCGAAGAUAUUUCAGUUGUAUACAUACCGCACUAUUGGACCGAACUAGGCGAGAAAUGAUCACUGCUAAGCGUCAAGCGCCAAUCCUGGGCACUGGCUCUGUACACGCCUGAACUUCAUCCUCGUG